AUGGACGGGGAGACGACCGUCUAUCAUAGAAAGAUUACAGAGAAGAUAGAGUCUUCCAUGAGAAGUUUAAAAAUUUUCGGAGUAGAACUGUCACCAGACAAUAUUGCAGUUGCAAUUGUUUAUUUUGUGCAAGGAGUGCUAGGUCUUUCCAGGCUUGCUGUGAGCUUCUAUUUGAAGGAUGAUCUCCAUCUUGAUCCAGCUGAGGUAUGCUUAUACUUUUAAGUUGAGGAAACUUACUUCACUGAGAUGAGACAAUGCGCUUUUCUUACUUUCCAAUGUUCACUGUCAUUUUAUUCAACUUGCAUUAUUUUAUUUAUUCAUGUGCCCUUUUCCUUAAUUCUGUCAAUCAUUUUUCUAAAAGUGUACUUUUAUUUUUUGGCUGGACUUGUGGAGCACUUUUGUAUUUAAAAAUGUUAAAUUUCAUCUCGAACAUUGAAAUGUGUUUAAUACAUAUUUUACAUAAAAUGACUCAUUUGAUCUCUUGUCAAUUAGACAGCAGUUGUAACUGGCAUAUCUGCCUUACCGUGGCUAGUGAAACCUCUCUAUGGGUUUAUCAGGUGUGUAUUGGCUACUUAUUUUCAAUAUUUGAAUAUGUGCUUCAUUUAGUUUUAAAAAUUUUAAUCUCUUAGCAUGGUUAAUCAUUGCAGUGACUCCAUCCCGUUAUUUGGCUACCGUAGAAGGUCUUAUCUUAUUCUGUCUGGGCUCCUCGGUGCAUUUUCAUGGAGUUUGAUGGCUACCCUUGUUGACAGCAAGUACAGUGCUGCAUGCUGCAUUCUAUUGGGAUCACUUUCAGUCGCUUUCUCAGAUGUUGUAAGUUUCACGUCCGUAUGAAUGGGAAAGAAACUAUUUCCCAAAUAGAUAUCUUGCCUUUUGCCAAGUCCUUCUAACUAUAAAAUUCUGUAAGUAUAGAAUGGAUACUUCAAUUGCUAUCUGACAUCUUUUACAGCCAAAUACCACGUGCCAACUAUCUCCUCAUAUGAAGUUCAAAGAUUGAUAGAACCCACCUUGAUUUUCUUCUUGUUAAGCUGUAUUCAGCGCAUUGUUGGCGUAUGUCAGUUGCAUUUAAAAUCCAAGAAACAUUCCUUGUAAAAGUUGACCUGCCAUGUCGCAUGGAUAUUGGCUUAUCUACCUUCGAAUUCACUCAUGCAUAUGUGUCUAUUAUGUAUGUAUGUAGGUAUAGUUGUAAAAAUUUAAGUCACUGCUUAAAUUUUUUUCUGAUCAUAAGUAAUGCCUGGAUAUUUAACUCAUAUUUUACUGAUUUAAAAUAACACGACAGACCAUAACGUCAAAAUAGAAGACUCCUCCAAGAGUGUCACGGGCCUCUUCUAUUUUUUUUCUGCUGUGUAUUAGUUACGUGGAAGGCAAAUGUGUACUAUGUAUACCAACUCCGAAUUUUAACUAUAUAUCGUACUAGAGUCAAUAUUUGCUUUUGUCUGUAAAGGGCAUGGAGUUCAUGGUGUUGCACGGAAAAUCUUUGUUUAAAGAAAAAAAUACUUCUGCAGGUUGUAGACUCAAUGGUCGUUGAGAGAGCCCGUGGUGAAUCACAAAGCACAUCUGGAUCUCUUCAGUCAUUGUGUUGGGGUUCUUCAGCUUUUGGAGGGAUUGUAAGUGCGUAUUUCAGUGGUUCAUUUGUGGACGCUUAUGGUGUAAGGCAAGUUUUUACUACCGAGUUGACAUCAGAUCUUAAAUGAUUUGUUCCAAUUUUAACGUUGUUCCCAUAUUUUCUAUUGCAGAUUUGUUUUCGCAAUCACAGCUUUCCUUCCAUUGAUGACUUCUGCUGUUGCUGUUCUUGUGAAAGAGUCGCGCAUACCCACUUCUGAAGCACUUAACAUACCUAUAGGCUUUUUUGAGAGUUCUCAGAAUAACAUCUCCCAGUUAUGGAAUGCUGUUAAGCAGCCCAGUAUCUUUCUGCCGACAUUAUUUAUAUUCUUGUGGCAGGCAACCCCUCAGUCAGACUCUGCUAUGUUUUUCUUUACGUUAGUAUUCCCAAAACUGCUUCUGUUACUUUUUUUGCUUUAUCUGUCUUCCCAAUAGUUAUAAUAUAUCCAGGCGCUUAAGGGUUGUGCCUCGUGUGCUAUUUUGAGACUCUUUUGAUUGAUAUUGAGGCAUCUAAACCUGUUGUUUCCUCUCCACUUACCAUAACUAGUUAAUUAAUUCAGGUUUGAUUUAGAUGAUUGAAUAUCAUUUCCGAACUGAAGUUAAUGAGAAAUAGAUUGCAAUUUUAAUCGGAUAACUAUCCUCAAGUAGCAAAAAACUUGAUGUUGAUAUCAUUUGCCUAGUAAAUGUGACAAUUAUUCGCUGCAUUUCUAUAGGAAAGUCGCUCAGUUUUCCAGUUUCUUUCUUGCCAUUAUGCAGCUGUCCUACCUAAACGUUUCGGAGCAUUUUGUGUUUAAAAUUGUUCUCACAGACCGAUAUGGUUGGUUACAUGUUUAAAAUUAUUCCCUCAUUGCCACCAACUUAUCUUGAACAGCUUAUUGAAUUUUGUAAUGGUAUAUGUGAUGCUAUAUCUGUUCAUAUUGCGCUAAUGUCUUUCAAUAUUUUAUUGUCUCAUGUACUAAUGAGCUUGAUAUCUGGCGUAGCCAUUAUCCACUAUACGAUCGUAAAUAUGUUGAUUGUGCUUCUCUCAGGAUUUGCUCAUCUUGAGAUAGACCAUGUUGUAGAGAUAAUGACUUUCUGUUUCUUCUUAAUCAGAGAGUGUAACCAUAUUGUUAUUUGCUACAUUGCAGGACAAAUAAGCUUCGUUUUACUCCAGAAUUCCUAGGGCGUGUCAAACUUGUUACCUCAGUAGCAUCCUUGGCUGGUGUGGCACUUUACAACGGAUUUUUAAAAAGUGUUCCACUACGGAAGAUUUUUCUCAUAACGACCAUCAUGGGUUCUGCUCUUGGAAUGACUCAGGUGCUUCUUGGCUGCCUCCCCCCCCAUCCCCCCCACCCUUAUAAUGUAUUUAUAGGCACUAACUGAUAGAUCCCUCUCACCAACUUUAGUUUUGGUUGAAAUGAAUUUUUACGUUGCAGGUUGUCCUUGUCACUGGCCUGAAUCGACAGUUGGGCGUCAGUGAUGAGUGGUUUUCUAUUGGGGACUCUUUGAUCCUAACAGUCCUUGGUCAGGUGAUGACCUCAUCCUUUAUCCUCCAAUGCAUCACGUUUUCGUUCCAAAAUUGAAUUCAAAGAAUUCAAAACAUAAACUUUUUCGACUGUUUUCUUUUUCUGACUUUCUUCUCUGAAAGGUGGGCUCUGGUGAGCUUUCUUUCAUGUUUCACUUCAUCUACUUUAGAUGGUCUACCUUUAAUCCGCUUCCCAUUUUUAAAUAGGCGAAAACAUAUAAUGGUGGAAAACCUAGAUUCUGUAAAUUUCUCUCAGCACUUUGAAAUCAAAACUUAUGUGAAAUAAGUACCAUUUGUCUAAAAUAGUGCCUCUGAAGGUCUUUGCUGAACCUUUCCAUUUCCCCUUCUCUUGUGAUUAUCUACAUACUCAAAAAUUUACGCUUGGGAUCAUAACUGUGGUGAGUUUAAUCGAAGGAAAUCACUGAGCUCAAAUUGGAUCAUGCUUUGGGAUCCAUCCACUGAUUUCAGAAAUUUUCUGUCUCCCUCUAUCAAGGAAGACUCACACUUGCACUCACAAUCGUCAUAAAAUGAUGCUUUCUUCUGCAGUUGGAGAUAUUCCAAGAAGAUACAUACGCUGCUCUGCUAACCUCUUCCAUUCUCUCAUGGCCAUCGAUUGGCGUUCAUACUCAAAACGCUCUCUCUAACAACACUCUCAUUGCAGGCCUCUUUCAUGCCCGUGCUGGUUCUUGCCGCGAGGCUGUGCCCACCUGGCAUGGAGGCCACAUUGUUCGCUACCCUCAUGUCCGUCUCGAACGGCGGGAGCGUGCUAGGAGGGCUGGUGGGCGCCGCCCUGACUGCUCUGAUGGGCGUCACAAAGGACAAUUUUGACAACCUAGCGGUCCUCAUAGUCGUCUGCAACCUCAGUUCCCUGCUUCCCCUCCCGCUCCUACGCCUACUCCCUAAAGAGAGUCCAGAGAAUCCAACAGGUCAGGAUACGGAGAAGUUCAAAUGA